AUGGGAAGCUAUUUUUCCUCUGUUUCACCGAGUCAGGCUUCUUUUCAAUCCGACUUGUAUGCUGAGCUUGAGCGGACAAGGAUAGAACGUGAACUGGCGAUCACUCACAUUCUUGAACAACGUCGACGGGCUUAUAAGUUGGCUGAAGAGCGUGAAAAGUUGAGAUUCAGUGCUUCGGGUGGAGGUAUAAUGAUGCUGUUUUCUGCUUUGUCGGCAUUCCAUCACAAAAACAUGUUGCACCUUCUGCCUAUAUUUCCAACUGUCUCAUAUUUGGGAUAUCAGGUUCAUUACUGUUACGGCAACAAACUAGCGACUAUUGAUGAGAUGGCGGUAAAGUUAUGCCAAGGACACAUAGAUGAGCUAGCGCCAUACCCGAUACGUGUACAGGACGUCCGGAAUCGAAUGGCCCACUUGAGGCUUCUAAAGCAAGACGAGGAGAUUUUCAUGUGA